AUGUGAGAAUUCGUAUCGGCAAAAACCGAUCGAGGUAGGCUGAACGGAUAACGGUAAAGACGCGGCGAGAAUAAUUAAUAAAUUUGCCUUUGACUAGAGUAGGUAUUGGGAUAUUUUCGGGACAUAGAUCGAAGUUCCGCUCAGGGGUUUUAUCAGUUCCUUUAUUUUAUAUUUAAACUGAAACGACAGGAAGUCAGUCUAGUCAAAUUAUACCGAUUAUAUUUCUUAUUAAUAAUUCCCGUCUCCAGCAGAGUUGAUCUGAGUCUCAAAACUGUAGCUUGAAUGGAGUAGUUUGAGUUCAGUAUAAGAAGAAGUUAAAAUUUGUGUUUUCUGUACAAAUAAGCUAGCCGAGAACGCUACAGCUGAGAAAUUCGGAAACCAAAUUUUAUUGAACAAAUUUUGUGUGGCUGAAACAGUCGCGCGGACAGCUACUGACCCGAGCGGCAAGUUCUCGCCUUUGUAAUCCCGGCUCUAAGUACUGUUUUGGACUUAACUCAAUCGAUGAAGCCGAAACAAGCCGGAUUUUCAAACGAAGUCUCGUGAAGAUAAUAAUGGCUACUGAUAUGAAGAUUUGGCGAUGUUAAAUAAUGGCGAAAACCCUUUGCGCGCGAAACGCGGCUCAAAAUGUAACUGCAUCAAGAAAAACUUUACUCUUUGUUUUAUCUUGUUUUCUACUUGAAUAAACGCAUUCACAGGUCAAACUACCAAGAGCCUGAAACACGGCUCCCUUUUAACAUAAUUUUGCUCAGUCAGCUUGUACUAUCACAUAAAACUUUCGGGUAAUUUUUGGUGCUUAACUAUGCAGAAAUCCUGAAAUAGGGAUUAACUGAAACCUUUCCGAGCGAUCACGAACUUCUGACAUUUCAGUUCAAUAAGGUUAGAUUUUCAUUUCGAACUAUCCGUCCUUAGGCGCUGGGCUAAGUAUUAACCACCAGAAAGAAGAAAGAAAAAACGAAGUAGGUUCAUGGGUUCAGCGGGAAACAAAGAAAGCCAUUUUGUCAGUCUAUAUUGAAAAAGAGAACGUUAUUAGAAUUGGAAUAAGAUGUAGUUGCCAGUGCUUGUUUUGGCAAAACGGCUGGCGCAAACAUUCCCUCUUCAAACAGAGUCGUUUUGCGGAAAGACUGGCUUCCAGUUAUGCUUUACCAUAUAGUUCAGGUGCGUUGGUAGUCAAUCGGCGAAAGAGGGCAUAAUUGUGAGGAUGUUAAAUAAACAUUUUCGCCGGAAAGGCUCCUUUUUAAAUGUUGAGGCAAACAUUCCCACUUCAAACAGAGUCGUUUGGCGGAAAGACUGGCUUCCAGUUAUGCUUUACCCUACAGUUCAGGUGCGUUGGUAGUCAAUCGGCGAAAGAGGGCAUAAUUGUGGGGAUGUUAAGUAAACAUUUUCGCCGAGAAGGCUCCUUUUUAAAUGUUGAGGCCUAGGUAUCCGCAAAAAGUCGUCCAUGUGUCAGGGUAUUUUUAUUCUCUAAUAAAACGGCCUCUGUUUAUCCUUACGAUGUGUAAUUUUGCUCUCUGCGGGGUCGAUCACUCUAUAUCGCCAAUAUGCUGCAGAGUCUAUUCAACAGCAAACUAGUUUAACUUGAAAAGCUUUCGUCCUGAAAAAUAAUUGAAAAAAACCCUUCUCGCUGGCAAUUUCAUUUGUUUAACGUACUGUAAAUACUAAGGGAAAUGACUUUGACGCCUUAAACCUCACGUUUUUUCUCUUCGCGGAAUUUUACGAUCGAGUAAUAUGAAAAUAAUAUCUUAACGAGACAAACAGUAACAAUCAAACAUUUACAUAAAGCUUACAAAUUUUAUUUAAAUUCUUGCUAACGAAAUGAGAAUUGCAACAGCUGUAGUACUGCUGUUUCCUAAACUAACAAUGAAACAUUUAUCCAUCUGUCUUAUCUUUCCCAUCACUUCCCACCGGCAAAAGCAUUUAACAAUAAAUAUCCAACUCAUUGGCUCUUGCAAAUGGAAAUUGAUUUUAAAAUUUGAGUUUGUAAUUAGGGAUAUGAUAUUUUGCGCAGAACUCCUUUUGAGCCGAAAACGUUCACAGGAAAUUAGCUGAUGACGCUUUGUUUUAAUGCGCAGGGAUCACAUCAACAAGCCAAUAGCAAGAGAUGGAGAAAUCAUACACCACAAACCGCAUCUGUGCCAUUUGUGGGGAUCGCUCAUCAGGAUUUCACUACGGCGUACAAAGCUGUGAAGGAUGUAAGAGUUUCUUCAAGCGAACUGUCCAAAAACAACUACAUUACACAUGCGUGGAGAGCAUGUCAUGCCAGAUUGACAAAAAUAACCGGAUAAGGUGCCAGUUUUGCAGGUUUCAGAAGUGCUUGUCCCUAGGAAUGCUCAAAGAAGCUGUACGAGAGGACAGAGCACCUGGUGGCAGACCACGAAUCAAGUCAUUAAUUGGAAUGAAAGAAAACGCUGACACAUUUGUGUCAUCUGAGUUGAUUACACAGCUUAUCCAGGCGCGCCCUGAUGCCACACCAAAAAGAAGACCAGACUACUUGGAACUAGGUUUUGCCGAUAUCUACCCUUUGAACCCUGUGGAAAUCGUUAUGGAGUUGGUCCUACAGGAAGUAGACUUGAUAGUGGCUUGGGCAUAUAAAGUUCCCGGAUUCGGAGAGCUGGAUCGGGACGAUCAAGCCAGUCUGGUGUCCACAGCUUUGCUCGAAUUAUUGGUUCUUCGUAUAUGCCAGCGGUCCGGUGCUCAUCAGGGCUCAGUGCUGUUAGCUAAAGAUGUGCUUCUUAAUCCCGAGCACUCUUUUAAUAUGGUCCUUGAACAGUGGUCCUUACAACUGGCGUGUUUCGCUUAUAAGCUGCAAAGCUUGCAGCUUGACAUGGCGGAGUUUGCCUGUGUGAAUGCCAUUAUGCUAUUUGAGCAAGAGACAAGUUCAGGAUUAAAAAACAGAGAGAUGGUGGACUUCAUCCUAAAUCGUUCCCUUGACGCAUUGCGGGACUAUAUCAAGUGUUCGUAUCCCGACAAGCCAAGCCGCUUUGCUCACAUUUUGCUCAGACUUCCGACACUGAGAGGUGUGUGCUCGAAGAUGGCACACGAAUGCUUGUUCGCGCAAUCUUUUCUCAACCUGGCUCUUCCUCAGGUGCGGUCGUUUAUUUUGCAAAAAUGACAAGGUAGAAGAAAAAAAAGCGAUUGAGCGAUUUUUGUGACUCGUCCGAUGGACCUCAGGCUAUCGUGUUAUCAUGUUGCAUUAGCGACACUAAGCUGAAGAUGGGUAAAUAGGUGCACAAUGAGCACACUUUGCAGUCCCAUUUAUAGAUGUGUUAGUAAGUACCGAUAAAUAGAUUUGCAAGGCCUGUGUAUGUUUUACGGCCCAUUUCGCGUAAUUGCUCAGUUAGAUUACUAUAACGAAAUAUGAUCAAGAAUUAAUAAAAAGGUACGCUAGGCGCACGUGUGUCUAAUGCGACUCGUGUAUUGGGUAAUUGCAUGAACUGAAAAAAUAUGGGUAAGAAAGAGUAAAUAGGUACUCAUAUAGAGGGGCACCAUUUUGUAAGUCCUUAAUUGACUGCAGUAGAGUGCUCUUUUCUCUUUUUAAAUAAAAUUAUUAUUAUCUAUUUCAUGAUCUACUGUUUAGUCCGCUAGUGCGCGUGUGGUUCACGGCCGGCUCAUGCAAUAGAUGGCUGUUAGUGGGACUGUAUCAACCGAAAGAAUGUUAAGAAAGUGGCAGUACGCAAUAUAUACAGCUAGCCAAGGGCUGGCUUCAUGCGCCAGGAUUUACUCCUCUACUAGUUAAUAAUUUUAGAUAUUGAAUGAUCAAAUCAAGUAACUGUAAACAGCAUAUUACAGAGUCGUAUGUAAGGUAUUUAGCCUAAGCAUCUGCAAUGUACCAGCGAAAAGGGCUUCAUUAUUUGUUAAGACGACAACAAAUUAGAAUGUACUAAAAUGAACAAAUAAACAAAUAGAGUUGAUUGA